GUGCUCAUUGUGCAGAUACCACUCUUGUCUGCCUGCCUGCCUGCCAUAUUUCUGACGAGGAAAUCUCUCUCUCUCUCUCUCUCUCUCUCUCAAGUUACCCAUUGUCUUCUAAGAUCCAACCUUCGUUCUCUCUCUAGAUCUAGAAAAUAUUUUCCUCCUCAUUCUCUCUCUAGAUUUCUCUCUGUAGAGUAUAGAAGAGAAGAGCGCGAACUUAGAAAUGGCUAUGGCGGCUUCUGUAGCAGGAGGAUCAAACAUAGUAACAAAGCCAAACCACCCUUUUUUGCAAAGAAGGAGCCCUGUGCCGAUAAAGUACAGUAACACUAGAAUUUGUGCUGUUCAUGCUGCUGAACCAGCGAAGGGGGCGGAAAAAUUAGGGUUUAUGGAUGUGAAGAGGAAGGAGGAAUGGAGAUUGGAUAGCUGGAGGAGCAAGAAGGCAGUGCAAUUGCCUGAAUAUCCAGACCAGGGUUCUGUAGAGUCAGUGCUCAAGACUCUUGAGAGCUUCCCCCCUAUUGUUUUUGCAGGAGAGGCUCGAAACCUUGAGGAGAAGAUUGCAGAGGCGGCUGUGGGGAAGGCGUUCUUGCUUCAAGGUGGUGAUUGUGCAGAGAGUUUCAAGGAGUUCAAUGCGAAUAAUAUCAGGGAUACAUUCAGGGUGCUUCUUCAAAUGAGUGUGGUCCUCAUGUUUGGUGGUCAGAUGCCUGUUGUGAAGGUCGGAAGAAUGGCUGGUCAAUUCGCCAAACCCAGAUCAGAUAAUUUCGAAACAAAGAAUGGUGUGAAGCUUCCUAGCUAUCGUGGAGACAAUAUCAAUGGAGAUUCGUUUGACGAGAAAGCAAGAAUACCUGAUCCCGAAAGAAUGAUAAGAGCCUAUACUCAAUCUGCAGCUACUCUGAAUCUUCUCCGAGCAUUUGCAACUGGAGGUUAUGCUGCAAUGCAGAGAGUCUCCCAGUGGAACCUGGACUUCACUGAGCACAGUGAGCAGGGAGACCGAUACAUGGAACUUGCACAAAGGGUAGAUGAAGCUCUGGGAUUCAUGGCUGCCGCUGGACUUACUGUGGACCAUCCUAUCAUGACCACCACUGACUUUUGGACAUCCCAUGAGUGCCUUCUCCUGCCUUAUGAGCAGGCUCUAACCCGAGAGGAUUCUACUUCUGGGCUUUACUAUGACUGCUCUGCACACAUGGUUUGGGUGGGAGAGAGGACUCGACAGCUUGAUGGAGCUCAUGUUGAAUUCCUUCGUGGUGUGGCCAAUCCUCUCGGGAUCAAGGCCAGCGAUAAGAUGGAUCCUAGUGAGUUGGUGAAGCUAUGUGAGAUUCUUAACCCUCACAACAAGCCAGGAAGAUUGACAAUCAUUACUCGUAUGGGGGCUGAGAACAUGCGUGUAAAGCUCCCGCAUCUUAUUCGUGCUGUGCGCCAAGCUGGACUCAUCGUAACAUGGGUGAGUGACCCAAUGCAUGGGAACACCAUCAAGGCACCUUGUGGCUUGAAAACACGCCCAUUCGAUUCAAUAAGGGCUGAGUUGCGUGCUUUCUUUGAUGUGCACGAACAAGAAGGGAGCCACCCAGGUGGAGUUCACUUGGAGAUGACAGGCCAAAACGUGACUGAGUGUAUUGGAGGGGCGAGAACUGUGACCUUUGAUGACUUGGGCUCACGUUAUCACACCCACUGUGACCCAAGGCUUAAUGCUUCACAAUCUCUCGAACUGGCCUUUGCAAUCGCUGAGAGAUUGAGGAAGAGAAGGAUAAGAUCAAACAAGCAAGAAGUUCCUCCACCCAUUUCACAUCUUUCUAUGGGACUUUAAAGACUAUCACCCAGAAAUUUCUCUUAUGGUGUUAUCAUCUUAGUUUGGUUCUAUAGUUUAGUUUGGUUCUGUAGUUUAUAUUUGUGUUUAUUCUUCUCUGUGCCCUCAAAAAUGGGAUACCAAAAGCAAUUGUAACUUACCUUUGGCAACCCUCCACUUUUUUCAUUUAGUUUUGGUGCAUGUUGAGGGUAUUGUUUAUGUAUAAGGCUACUAGGAGAGGGGGGUGUUUUCUUGGAAGACUCAUGGCUUUGUUCUUGGGCCCUGUAAGAGCAGUCACUGUAAACUUUUCUGGCUUUUGGUGUUGCAGUAAGAAGUUCUCGUUGUGACUA